AUGCCUUUACUCACUUUUUUAGUUGCUCUUUCAAUCUUCCCCAUUAUUCUCCCCACCCUUGCACAAGACGGAAGCGUUGAUGGCCCCAGCACGAGCACCGAGGCCGCUGGCUAUAGUUGUGACCCAUCCAAAUGCCAACUUCCUACCUGUCGAUGCGCUAGUACAGAUAUCCCUGGAGGCAUACCUCAUGACCAGACCCCUCAGUUCAUCGUUUUCACUGCUGAUGAUGCCAUCCAAUCCUAUACCAUUAAUGCCGUCAACAACCUCCUUGCCCAUCGUAAGAAUCCAAACGGAUGUACUCCAAAGAUGACCUACUUCACCCAAAUAUCAUACACUAAUUUCACUUUGGUCACUGACUGGUUCGUCGCCGGAAACGAGAUUGCUGAUCACACGAUGACCCACCCCGAACUGGGUGGUCCAGAUGAGAUCAACGGAAACUUGGUUACCCUCAACGCCCUUGCCGGAAUCCCCCUGAAAGACAUUCGUGGUUUCCGAGCACCGUAUCUCAAUUACUCUUCGGAGAUGUUAGGAAACCUCGUAAAGGCUGGAUUCACAUAUGACUCCAGUGCCACUGCUUCAAUCCCUGUCAAUCAGAAUGGCACGGAUGCGUUUUGGCCGUACACACUUGAUAACGGGUUAGCCAACGAUUGUUUGACGAUCCCCGGUAUCUGCAAAGGGCAACCCAAACUACCCGGUUUCUGGGAGGUCCUGAUGUAUGCCAUCUUCGAUGAGCGAGGUGGAGUUGGCACGCAUUUGAUGGACCCUUGGAUAGAUGGGAAUAAUUCGGCAGUGUACAAAUGGAUGCAGAAUACUUUCGUUGCUCAUUAUAACGCGAACCGUCAGCCCUUCGGACUUUACACACACCCUAUUCAUAUUGCGACUGGCUACCCAGGAGUUGCGGACCCCACAGAUACGAUUAACAUGAUCAACAGUUUCUUGGACUGGGCUCAACAACAAUCCAAUGUCUGGAUUGUUUCGACUGGUCAACUGCUGGACUGGGUCAUGAAUCCGGUCCCCGCUUCACAGCUGAAUUCGAUACAGUCAUUCCAAUGUGCAUUGCCUGUUGUAGAGGCCAAGAUUUGCAAUGGUAUCCCUUCCAAUGAAGCUGGUUUGUUAUCUCACUGCGCGUUCACCGACUUCCCGUUCUACACAUGUUAUGGAUGCCCUGCUACGCAGCCGAGUCCUUCCGAUCCAAAUCCAAGCCAGCCAGCGGUAUCGGGUAAAACCCGAACGAGAUUGCCUUCGGACUGCUAUACCGCCUUCUGGGACCCUAUCAAUGGCACUUGUUUAUGCCAGAAUGGCACAUCAUGCCAGUUCACAGACCAAACAAGACCUAUUGGGCCCAAUGGGGCCAACUUGACAGGGGGUGGAACGGGGGGCGGGCCUACCUCGUCACCAUCAUAUGUCCCCUUCAAUGGUGGAUCGGGCGGUGCGUUAUCGAAUGUUCAUCUAGGAGCGAACGUUUUACUGUCGGUGGGGCUCGGGUUGGUGGGUGUUGCCUUUGGUGUUUUGAGUACCAUGCUGGCGGCUUAG